AUGGCUCCGGGCGGCCAAUGGCUCCGGCGCGGCCCCGUCCCGGCGUGUGCCGCCGCAGCCCCCGCGCCGCGCCCCCUGCCCUGCCCUGCCCUGCCCCCGCCCCGCGGCACCGCGGGCAGCGCUGCCCCGUCUGCGCCCUACGUGCCGCGCCGCACAAAGUUCGCCCGGCCCCGCGGUGCCACGCACCCACACACAGGGCUGCGGGGGGAGGAUGCUCGGCUCGGCUCGGAGGAGGGAUGCCAUGAACUCCUCAGCAGCCGCGGGCGAGCGGGGGGUGAUGCCCGCCGCUUUUUAUUGCGGCCGUGCCGAGCCCCGCACCGCGGCCCCAACCCCUCCGAAGGCUCCAAGUGUCUGAGGCCUCCGGGAUCACGGUUUCAGAGCGGCUUCUCUGCCGGCGAAAGGGCGAGGGGCAACUCCGCCGGGGAACGCCGAGCCAACCCGCCUUUCCCUCCUUACUUUUGCGGCGUGUCCCCCCCCCCUCCCUUGCCCCCAUCCCCGGCUCCCUCCGCGCCCGCAGCCCCGUCCCCGCGCCCGCCCGCUGGCCCCAGCCAGCACAAAGCUCCCCGGCCUACCCUCCCGGCCCCGCCGCCGCAACCCCCGCCCCGACCCCGCAACGCCGGCCCCGCACGCCGCCCCCGCCCCCGGGCCGCCCCCGCGCCGCCGGCGCCCCGCCAGCCCCGCAGCGGCGGAGGGCAGCGGGGGCACGGCCUGGGCAGCGAGCAGGGCAGGGCAGCCUCGCUCAGCGCCGCCGACAUCGCAGCCCGGGCUGCGGGGAAGCGCCGGGGCCGCCGCACCGACCCGACCCGACCCGACCCGGCGGGCUGGGGCGGUCACGGCGGGGGCGCGGGCGGCCGCGCUCGUCCCCAGCAUUGUUCGCUCGCCGGAGGCUGGAGCGGCGCCGCCAACGCCGCCGGAGCUGCCGCCCGCCCCCCCCGCGCUGCCGCCCAUGACACGGCACCUCUAACCCGCCGCUUUGUGCGCCGCUGCCCCCGCCGUGCCCCGCUGCUCCCGGCACCGGCCCGGGGCCGCUCACCUUCCUUCCCUCGCUCCGCCGGCUGCCGCUGCGGGCGGCUCGGGGACGCUUCAGCGCGGGCAGCGGGGCCGCUCCAUGGGGCUGCGGGGGCGCGGCCGGGGCAGAGCCUGCGCCCGACCCCGCGGCGGCGCCCGGCGGCGGCAGCGGCGGCCCUGGCUCGGCUCCGGCUCCGGGUCCGGCUGCGGGAGCGGCAGCGGGGCGGCGGCGAGGGCGGGCGCGGUGCAGUGAGCGGGGCUGCCACUGGGGUCAGGGAGCAGGCACCAGGAAACACGGCGGCCACGGCGCUGCUCGCUCGCACACACACACGCACAGAGACACACACACACACACACACACAGAGACACGCACGGCUCCUCCCGCUGCCUCGCACUUCGCCCCCCCGGGCAGGGAGGGAGCGAGCGAGCGAGCGCUGCUGCAUUUCCCAAGUGCCGCACAAGGCUCCCCGAGCUGCGCUCUCCCCGCCGGGGUCACACAGCCCGAGCCCCCCGGGACCCCCGACCCGCCGAGACACUGCCGGCCCCGCAGCACGCAUCGCCCGCUGCCCACCGAGAUGA